UUACUCAACAUCCGACGACACAUUUUCAAAAAAAUGUGCCCGGAAGCAUGGGAUAAUUGAUGGUACUGUAAUGGGUGCCAAAACAUUAGCACCUGAAUUUUCUCCCUCUUACGCAACUCAGUGUUAUCAUCAAAAAUCCCCAUGUGUGGCUCAUAUCCCGGUGAGAGUGGUUGGAGGAGGUUGUAAAAGUGAAGGUACUCUUCGUACGACGAUGCAUACGGCGAUUGACCAUCGUGCAGGUCGCUUGAUCGACUUUCACUGCUAAAAAUUACUCAAAUAGACUAAAACAGGGCCAAUGUUAGGAUGACUGGUCAUCGAGACUUGCCGGUAUUUGUGACAGUGAAACGAGAAAGUGUGGUGUUUAUUGUUCUUUGCUAUUAUCUCCUCUUCUUCGCGUUUACCGGCGCUUACGGCGAAGACGUCAAGGAAAAGAAAAAGCCAGAGACGGUUCAAGACCUUUUUAACACCUCCUCUUGCAUCCCUAAGCCUUAUAGGUGUCCUCACCGCCAAAUCCAAUUUUUCUUAUACACAAGGCGGACCCAGAAAACUCCGGAGCUGUUAGACACAACCAAAGAAGAAUCGUUGUACAAUAGUCAAUUUAAUAGAAUUAAUCCAACGAAAAUUGUGAUCCAUGGGUUUGGUGGGGGGCGCAAUUUAUCGCCGAGUACUGACAUGAGAGAAGCCUAUUUCCACAGAGGGAACUACAACAUUAUCAUUGUGGAUUACGGCACUUUAGUCCGGGAACCAUGCUUGAAGCAAAUGGAAUGGGCGCCCCGUUUCUGCGCCAAAUGCAUUGCCCAGCUCAUCAAUUACCUAACCCAUCAUCCCAGAGGCGUAAGAGCCGAUGACUUGCAUUUGGUUGGUUAUAGUGUUGGUGCUCACAUUGCUGGUCUCGUUGCGAAUUAUCUCAAUCCCAUCGAACACGGAAAACUGGGUCGAAUUACCGGCCUGGACCCCACCAUCGUCUUCUACAUGGGCAACAACAGAUCGCGAGACCUGGAUUAUACUGAUGCCCAUUUCGUUGAUGUUUUGCACACAGGGGCCGGGAUUUUGGGGCAAUGGGGGCCCACAGGACACGCCGAUUUUUACAUCAAUGGGGGGUCAAGUCAGCCGGGGUGUGGCAAAGACACCAUAUUCAAAACUUUGGCGUGUGAUCACACGAAAGUGACACCGUAUUUUAUCGAGUCUAUUGUGACGAAAAAAGGGUUCUGGGCAUAUCCUUGCCCAACGUUGUUAAGUUUCAUGACGGGUUUUUGUAGCCCUAAGGACGAGGAGUACGUUUUGAUGGGCGAACAUGUGACACAUAAGGCUCGUGGUAUUUACUACGUUAGCACUAAUCCGAACCCACCUUAUGCACAAGGACCUCCGAAGAAACAAAUUGGGAGGAGAGGUCUCCUCAACCGACUGUUUUAAGUCAAAAAUGCCAAAAUUUGGACUACGGUUUGACACAAUUAGCCAGUAGUUUUUUGUAAUUAAAAGUUUGCCAUUAGGACUAAUAAUUUAUUGUAGUUCUUAGAUGUUUUGUUAAUAAAAUUUGAGUAAAAUU